AUGGACAAGGUUAAUGCCCAGCUGGUCGACAUCGACGAGUUUGACGCCAUCUCGAUCGAGAUACAACUUGGAGAAUCUAAGAAGCAUAUGUCUUCUGAGUCUCGAAACUUCGACAAGUACCCAGCGAAGCUUCAUGCGCACAAGGUUAGACACAAUCUAGGCGUGUCGUGUGGUCUCGUCUACCUGCCGGGUCAAGUCUCAACAGAGUGGGAGGACACCGAUGGAGAGGCACCUUUCCGGCAGCACAGAUAUGCCUUCUAUCUCUCUGGCGCAAAUUUUCCCGGUGUUGUUGUGACCUACGAUAUUGGCAGGGACAAUCUCAUCCUAUGGGUCCCCGUGCGAGCACCAGCGCGGGUAAUCUGGGUCGGCGCCCUGCCUAGCAUCGAAGAGUGCGCUGCGCGUUACGAUGUCGACGCCGUCAGGGACAUUAAGGGCCUCCAGACCUAUCUCUGUGGUCUGCUCAACCCUCAACACAACCCGCCAACUCUUUAUGUUUUACACGAGAGCCAGCAGCCGGACCUCAGCCAGGAGCGCUGCCGCAACGGCAGUGACUUCCAGCUCGAUGCAAAACGGCUCCAGCCUGCGAUGGACAUCUCACGCUCUGUCAAGACGCCAUACGAGAUUGCGCAAAUCCGAAAGGCCGUCGAUAUAUCCUCUGAAGCUCACCGGGCUGUCCAGCAGUCGAUCAAGACCCUGUCCAGCGAGGCCCAGGUCGAAAAUGUGUUCGUCUCGAAAUGUCGCGAACUGGGAGCCAAAAAGCAGGCCUACCCGCCUAUCGCCGGUUCGGGCCCGAAUGCAGCCGUGCUUCACUACACCGCCAAUAACCAAGAUUUCGGGGACCGCCAGUUGAUGGUGCUUGAUGCCAGCGCCGAGUUCAACUGUUAUGCGAGCGAUGUCACACGAACAUUCCCCCUGAACGGAAAGUUCUCCGACGAGGCAAAAAGAGUCUAUCAGAUUGUUGCCGAUAUGCAAGAAACUUGUAUCUCGAUGAUCAGGCCCGGAGCGAGCUGGCGAGAGAUCUCUUUGAAGGCUAGGGAUGUGGCCUAUCGUGGACUUCUGAGCAUAGGGCUUCUGCAGCCUGGGAGAAUGGGUCAGUCUCCUGACCCCAUGGCGGUCAGCCUCUUCUUCAUGCACGGGCUGGGUCACCUCAUCGGCCUGGAUACCCACGACGUCAUCGAAGGCGUACGGAGCUGGGAGCAACUGGCCCCCCUACCCACGCCGCCACUACUGAAGGAUAUGGUGAUCACUUGCGAGCCUGGCCUCUACUUUAACAGGGCAUACAUCGAGGCCGCCUUGACCAACCAGCCGGAAAUGGAACAGUAUAUCAACAAGACGGUGCUGGAAAAAUACUACCUGGUCUGCGGCUGUCGGAUCGAGGACUGCAUACUUGUCACCCAGGAUGGGUAUGAGAAUCUGACAAGCGCACCCAAGGGUGAAGAGAUGAUCAAGUUCAUUAACGGAGAGAAAUCAUAG